AUGGCGACCGCAGAGAAACAACAAAAAAGCAACCCCAUCAAGGACGAGCCGCAAGACUCCGACUUCGAGCAGAAGCCUUCCGCCAAAGGCCCUCCCCAAGAAGAAGACGAUUACUCGGACGACUAUUCCGACGAAUAUGAUGACGAUGACGACUACUCGGAUGAGUACGACGACGAUGACUACUACUCCGACGAAGAGGAGCAGGAUCAGGCCAAAGCAAUGCAGGCCUACAAGCCCAACGCCCAGUCAAUAAGCAGCCGAGACGGAGGCAACCAAAACAUGAGCCAAAAGAUCAACAACGGCAAUAUAUCGCGGGCCCCAGAUAACAAGAAGACGAUUGACGACCAGGACGGGCUGAAGCUGAAGGUCGACGUGAACUUGGAUAUUGAGGUUGAGCUGAAGGCGAGGAUCCAUGGUGACCUGACGUUGGCGUUACUGUAA